AUGGAAAUUAACCAGCAUCCAUUUUCCCUCUGGUGCAGCUGGAACGCCUUCCGCGGGACAAACAGCACAUUCCUCACCGAGGCAGAAGUCCCCGUGCCUGAUUUAACCGGCAAAUGGGUCAUUAUAACAGGCGCAAAUAAUGGAAUCGGCUUUGAAGCAGCAAAAUCAUUCGCUGAAGCCGGGGCGAAUCUUGUGCUUGGCUGUCGCGAGCCACCAGCCUGGGAGCUGCACCCGGCCGCCGCGGUCGAGAAAUGCACGGAGCUGGCACAGGCGGCUGGGCAUGAAUCAACGAUAGAAUGGUGGGAGGUGAAUAUGGCAGAUUUAAGCAGUGUCGAAGAGUUUGCGGAGAAGUGGAUGGCGACUGGGCGCGCUGUUGAUAUCCUGUGCAACAAUGCCGGGAUGAGUCCGACGGCGUCGAAGAAGCCAAUUUUAACAAGGGAUCGACUGGAGAUACUGCAUCAGGUAAACUUUGUAUCGCAUGUGCUUUUGACACUCCGGCUACUAGACUCCCUCGCAAAGAGUGCGGAGCCACGAGUCGUAUGUACAACGUCUUGCUUCCACUUCCUAGGAAGAUUCGACCUGGAGCACUUCAACGGCAAAGACGGAAUGGCAGGAGAUCCAUACGGAAACAACAAACUGUACUUCCAGACGUGGCUGUCUGAGUUACAACGCCGAGUACAUUCAAACGACAAGUAUAAACAUAUCACCAUCAACGGGAUCAACCCGGGCUAUGUCAACACUGGAAUCUGGAACAAUCCCAGACCAGAUGUUCGAGAAUCGUGGCUAGAUCUAGGGAUGAAGUUCUUGAAACCCCUUGCUGCUCUGUUCGCUAUUACUCCCCAACAGGGCAGCCGGGCAAUUGUCUAUGCGGCUACAAGCCAGGAGUUUGGCCCGAAUCCUGAUAUCCAGGGCGUGGGAUUGCUUGGUGGCAAGGGUGGAGGACAUUAUAUUAAUCGGAUCUGGGAGGCUGAGGCGAUGCCAUAUUGUACGAAUGAUGCAGCACGGCUUGCGGUUUGGGAGAGAGUAGGCGAGGAUUUGGACCUGGAGAAGAGGGGGUUAAGUAAUGUGAUAUAA